CCGCCGGUGCACCGGUACCGGUACCGGUACCAGCGAGGAACCGCCCGCCCGCGAACCGGCACCAGCGAGGAACCGUGCGCCCGCCCCUUCGCGGCACCCGUAGGAGCGCUCGGCGGCCCCGCCCGCCGCCCUCGGGCUUUAAUAGCUGGAUCCGCUGGCUUGUCCUGUCUCCGGCACUGCUGAAGCACCGCCGAGAUGGCGUCCACCAGCCGUUUGGAUGUACUUCCGAGGGUGACUUGCCCAAAUCAUCCAGAUUCCAUUUUAGUGGAGGAUUACCGAGCUGGUGAUAUGAUUUGUUCUGAGUGUGGGCUAGUAGUAGGUGACCGGGUCAUAGACGUGGGGUCAGAGUGGAGAACGUUCAGCAAUGACAAAGCAACCAAAGACCCAUCUCGAGUUGGGGAUACCCAGAAUCCGUUGCUGAGUGAUGGCGACUUGAGUACGAUGAUUGGCAAGGGCACAGGUGCAGCAAGUUUUGAUGAAUUUGGGAAUUCGAAGUACCAAAAUCGCAGAACUAUGAGCAGCUCUGAUCGUGCGAUGAUGAAUGCUUUUAAAGAGAUUACGAACAUGGCAGACAGAAUCAACCUCCCUAGAAAUAUAGUUGAUCGAACAAAUAAUUUAUUCAAGCAAGUGUAUGAGCAAAAGAGCCUGAAGGGGAGAAGUAAUGAUGCUAUUGCUUCUGCUUGUCUCUACAUAGCCUGUAGGCAAGAGGGUGUUCCAAGAACAUUUAAAGAAAUAUGUGCAGUGUCCAGGAUUUCAAAGAAAGAAAUAGGCCGGUGUUUUAAACUUAUUUUGAAAGCUCUGGAAACCAGUGUUGAUUUGAUUACAACUGGAGACUUCAUGUCACGAUUCUGUUCUAAUCUGGGUCUUCCCAAACAAGUGCAAAUGGCAGCAACACACAUUGCCCGUAAAGCUGUGGAAUUGGAUUUGGUUCCUGGGAGAAGCCCUAUCUCUGUAGCAGCUGCAGCUAUUUAUAUGGCAUCACAAGCUUCUUCAGAGAAAAGGACACAAAAAGAAAUUGGUGAUAUUGCUGGUGUGGCUGAUGUUACGAUUAGACAGUCAUACAGGCUGAUCUAUCCUCGAGCUCCAGAUCUUUUCCCAGCAGACUUCAAGUUUGAUACCCCAGUAGACAAGCUACCACAGCUGUGAGAUUGCAGAGGGCUAAUUUCUGUUAACCUCCCCCCCCCAAAAAACCCCAACAAAAACAAACUCUUUAUUUUUGCCUAUAAUAAAGGAUGUACAAAGUGUUAA